GGUUAGAUAGAGCUCUCUAUUGUGCAAUGAUUGAAAACGUUUCGCCUAUGAUUUAUUGAACCGCAAUACGCGAAUCUGCCAAUUUCUGUCAAACUUUAAAAUCGAAAUAACAUUAACAUUGCCGGAGGCCUACCCCACUGAAAAAUAUAGCUACAAAUGGCACGCUUUAAGGACGACAAAUACCGUAACUGGCUUAAAACUACAGAAAGUCUUCUCAUACUGAGAGAAGGGAUUCGCCCCUUCCUGGAAAACGAAACUGAAAAUUACCACUUCACCCUUCAGAGUAAACUUAGCAGCACUUUGAAAGAGGCCAUCUGUCAAAAUAAAUGUGAUGGAAGCGAGUGGGAAAACAAAAUACCUGACUGUAAGGUCUGUACACCAUGGAAAAAGGAACUCGUGGCCAAUCAUGCAAAAAGUAGGCCUAUGAUUUAUUGGAACAACUGCAUGCCGUAUCUGUGGCCGAAAGAGAAAUGGGAGGUGGCAAAGGUGUACAUGCCGAAGGGGCACAGAGGCCAUACCACCUAUGAUGACUUUGAUAUUGCAGCGUUACUUAACCUCAUGGGCCACUGUGCUCACUUCCGCAAAUUUAUUAAGGGCCAGCAAAUACACAAGGUGAUUAAUGUGAGAAAUUGUGUGAUGCAUUCACCUAACCACACAGUGACCAACCAAGACUUUCAGGAGCACUUGGAAAAGAUCAAAGAUUUUGUCCACCUCUUGGACAAAUAUGCCAAUGACCUAAAAAUGCUGCCAGAUGAGAUUGACAAGUCAUGUGAGGCAGUGGAUACAGGACUUCGUUGUUUCAUAUACCAGAGUAUGGCAGGAAAUAUCAGAUAUAUUCCGACAGUGGAACUUACAAAGAUAGAGCAGAGAGCCCUGAAAGAGAAGAUUGAAUAUUUGACCCAAUGCUGUGAGGAGGACCAAGAAGACAUCAAAGAGGACAUUAAGGGCAUCUGGAACUUUGUUCAGAAGAAUGAGGACCUGAAGGUGAAGCUGGCACCACAGAUGGAGCAGCUGCUCUCUAAGAACAGAUGGCUUGAAGAUUUGAAGGAGAGCACAUUUUGUUAUCUUUUUUAACAAAUCUAAAUGGCUAGGUAUGGGCAGACAGUUUGUUUGAUUUCUUUCACUUUUGUUAAAAAAAACAAACACAGCGUUAGAGGGUAGGUAGUAACACAUGACGUUCUCUCUGUUACGUGGUCAUAAGUAUUUUUUUUUCAAUAACAUGUCUACUUACAGUAGAAGUUAAUGCAGUAAAGUAAUGCAGAAUAUUUUAACUCUUAAUGCACUGUACACUCCUUUACAUAAGGCUACACAUAACAUUUCACUUAGAUUGUCCGUUACUUAAGUUUAGAUCGUAACAUAGCAGUCACCAGCGUUGAGGGCGGGGGCUUGCAUAGUCGGCGCAUUCCCAACGCACUUGUAGCCACAACGCUAAGCAACUUUCAUUUCUUCUUCAACUCCGAUGCAGUUGAAAACGAAUGGACAUGGGAUGACAGUGUUAUAAAGCGUUCACAUGUUAGAUUUGCGUACUCUUUUUGUUAAAUUUUCACUUAGAUUGUCCGUUACUAUAGUUUAGAUCGAAACAUCACGCUGGUCACCAGGGGUGUGUUUCUCAACUCUAACUAAGUUGAUGCCUGACUUAAAAUCGGCACGGCCAAAUAAGAAAAUCGGCCGAUGGCGAUUGAUUAAAAAAUAGCAAAAAUCGGCCGAUUAAAUCGGCUGGCCGAUCGAUCGGUCGGUCUCUAAUAUAAACUUAUUUUGUUAAUAAUUUAUAGCAUUUUAUGAUCUGCAUAAAUACUAAUAGCUACACAUAUUUAGUCAUUUAAAUACUUAAUAUCCGGUCUAAUUGAGUGCCUGUCACUUUAAGAAGAACGUGAAAGUAGCCUAAUUAGCUUUCAGUGUCACUGUUUUAGCAUAGUGGAAAAUAGUUGCUCAUAGUGCAAGGAUAUGUGGAUGCAAUUCAUCAUGUUUUCUAUGUCAUUAUUAUAUAUAAUAAAUGUUCAAAAAUC